AUGCUCACGCAUCCUCUGGACGUCUCUGAUUUCAGUACAGGUGCAGUUCUUCAGCAGCAAGUCAACGGAGUGUGGAAGCCGCUAACAUUUAUUUUAAAGAAGUUUAGCCCUGCACCGACUCGCUAUACCGCCUUCGAUGGUGACCCCGAAAAGGAAAACACGACACCAGCGAUACUAGCACAAGCGCCGCCGCCACAGUCAUCGCCACCAUCACCUGCGACGGCCGCUCGAAUUCACACCAGCGCCGCCGCCGAGGAGAACCCCAAGGCCAUCAAGUCUGGUGAUUCCGCCAUCGUCAUCCUCGUCCCAACCAAACCUUUGUGCGUCGAAUCGUUCCAGGAGUACCCUCCAUUGGGUCGUUUCGCUGUUCAUGAUAUGAGACAGACCGUCGCUGUCAGUGUAAUCAAGGCUGUAAACUUCAAGGACGCCAGCGGUGGCAAGGUGACCAAGGCUGACGAAAAGGCCACCAAGGGCAGGAAAUAGCUGCGAUUCAUCAACAUCUUUCUACGCACAAUACAACUAAUUAUUAUAUCCGAUAAAAAACUAUAAUUGCUUCCCUCGCAAGGAGUUUCGCAGGAAAGGAGACG